AUGCGCGUGGUAACCAUAGUGAUCCUGCUUUUCUUCUGCAAAGCUGCCGAGCUGCGCAGGGCGAGCCCUGGGGCUGGGGGUGCUCGCAGCGCUGGCCAAGGCCGGGGCGCAGGCGGGGGCCGGCGCGGCUCCUCCCCGGUCAAACGCUAUGCGCCCGGCCUCCCCUGCGAGGUGUACACGUACCUGCACGAGAAAUACUUAGAUUGCCAAGAGAGAAAACUAGUGUAUGUGCUGCCCGGCUGGCCCCAGGAUUUGCUGCACAUGCUGCUGGCCAGGAACAAGAUCCGCGUGUUGAAGAACAACAUGUUUGCCAAGUUUCAAAGGCUAAAGAGCCUGGAUCUGCAGCAGAACGAGAUCUCCAAAAUUGAGAGCGGGGCCUUCUUUGGGCUGAAGAAACUCACCACGCUCCUGCUGCAGCACAACCAGAUCAAGGUUCUGACGGAGGAGGCGUUCAUUUACACGCCCGCCCUGAGCUACCUGCGGCUGUAUGACAACCCCUGGCAUUGUUCGUGCGAGAUGGAAACGCUCAUUUUCAUGCUGCAGGUGCCAAGGAACCGCAACCUGGGCAGCUAUGCCAAAUGCCAAAGCCCGCAUGAACUCAGAAACAAAAAAUUGCGGCAGAUACAGCCUGAGCAGCUGUGUCAUGAAGAAGAAAAGGAACAGCUGGACCCGAGACCCCAAGUGUCAGGGAGACCCCCGGUCAUCAAGCCUGAGGUGGACUCCACUCUCUGCCACAAUUAUGUGUUUCCCAUACAAACACUGGACUGCAAGAGAAAAGAGUUGAAGAAAGUCCCAAAAAACAUCCCACCAGAUAUUGUAAAACUUGACUUAUCACACAAUAAGAUCAACCAGCUCCGACCUAAAGAGUUUGAAGAUGUUCAUGAGCUGAAGAAAUUAAACCUCAGCAGCAACGGCAUUGAAUUCAUUGAUCCAGCUGCUUUUUCAGGGCUCACCCAUUUAGAAGAGUUGGAUUUAUCAAACAACAGUUUGCAAAACUUUGACUACGGAGUGUUAGAAGACUUGUAUUUUUUGAAACUCUUUUGGCUCAGAGAUAACCCCUGGAGAUGUGACUACAACAUCCACUACCUCUACUACUGGUUAAAGCACCAUUACAACGUCCAUUACAGUGGCCUGGAGUGCAAAAUACCUGAAGAAUACAAAGGGUGGUUUGUGGGAAAAUAUGUGCGGAGUUACUACGAGGAAUGUCCCAAAGACAAAUUACCAGCAUACCCAGAGACAUUCGACCAGGAAACCGAAGAUGAUGAAUGGGAAAAAAUACAGAAGGAACACACAGCAAAGAAGCAGAGUGUAAGAAUCACUAUCGUGGGAUAA